AUGGCUGUCGAAGGAGUAUUUUGCUACGACUGCCAUUCCGAACUUGGUACAUGCAAUGAUGGUGAAUGCGAAGGUGCUGUGUGCUUGAAAAUGGAAACAUCAAAUCGUGAUAAUGAUAGGCGAACGGUACAAAAGGGAUGUGGUGAAAGGUACGAAGAAAACGGUUGUCAACAAAGCACAUUUGGUUCUAAAUGGACGUCACGUUGUGUAUGUGGCCAGUCUAUGUGCAACGGUGAUGAUGCUUUAGUGGCAGCUGGUCUUGAAUCUUCUUCUGACAACAACAGAACCUUAGCAUCGCUACAACUUCUCACCUCAUUAACCUUCCUCUUCUUCCUCGCUGCAGCUAUGCGUCCCUUUUUCAUUCUCAAUGCAAAAUUUGCAUUUUAUUUUUCUUCCAUAUACUUCACUGCACAGCAUCUUAAUGAUUACUGCGCCUCAUAA